AGGCUGCCUGUUAGUUACUUCUGAGACCCUCCUUUCUUCCAGUCUUCAGACAGCGUGUUCAAGGUACAUCAGGCUGCAGACAGGAUGUUUCACAAGGCAACCAAAGACCUGGCAAAGCAGGUGGCUCCAGAUGGAGAUCUGUUCCCAGUUAGCAGCCUUAUUGACCAAGAUCACUUCAGACCCCUAUACCUCGUUCGAAAUAAACCAAAAAAGAGAUUCUGGAUGACUCGUCACCGCUACUACAAAACAGGAGUUCAGCUCAGUGACAUUCUGGUACCUGGACAGGACAGCAGAAAUCUAGAUAUCCAGGAUUCACACUCAAUCACUGUUGAGGAUUGCACCGAUGGCAGAGUAGAGUGGACUAUUAAGCUGCCUGAAGACUUUGUGAGUACGGAAAUGACGCUAGAUGCUGGCAGCUACCAAGUGAAGUCCAUCAAGGUGAAAAGAGCAGAGGUCAGCCCAGCAGAUCUCGAGUUUCUACAAGGAGAAAGGAAAAUCAACAUGGACCAUUCCAUCAUUAGGGAUUUAAGGAAGCGCAGAGAGAACUUGUAUGUGAUCAACGAGGCUGUACAGGCUUUGGAGGAGAGCACAUUAUACAAGGCCAACACCAUGGAAGGCAACAUUCUGAAUGACAUCUGUGUCCAUUUUUCAUUAAAGGGCACCAGAGGCAGCAAGCGUGUCAUAGUUAUCCCUAAGGACUGUGUCCUGGCGUUCAGAAUCAAGCCGCUAAUUAUUCAAAGUGAAUCAUGGGGCAUUUCCCAUCAUCCGGAUGAUGAAACAUUUGUUGCAGACGGUGCAACAGCAGAAUCUAAUUACUCCCCAGAUGGAGGAAUGGAAGGCCUGCAGAGCGACGUUGAAAAAGAAUGUGCAAAGCUCUCACAGUUGUCCACAGAUCUGCGUGCCAAGUUCUUAAAAUCAAUCAUAGCGGUGAUAAUAAACAGCGACCUCUUGCAAGAACUCACACUCAAGCUAGAAGAGGCUUUUGAAGAUGCUGAUAAAUGUGAGCUAAAGAGUGAGAAUCCAGACUUGGAAGACUUGCUAAACAAUUUACAGGAUUCUGCAGGAAGCAUAGAUCUUUACCUUGUUGGGCCAGUUCUCUACACUCUACACGCACUUGGUGAGCUAACUGAGGAUCAGUUACUGCGGCUGGCACAGUCUGUGCAGAAGCAGAUUGUAUCCAAACAGCUCGAGCUGGUGAGAGAGAACGCCAGUGAAAUACAGCACCACACAUCUCUCAAUGAAGUCUUCCCUUUUGUGGUCAAGAGCAUCUUGAAGCAAGAUUUCCACCUGAAAGACGCUUUCAGCCUGGAUGCCAAGCUGGUCUCCUCCCUGCAAGAGGAGGAACUGAACAUAACCAAGGCAAUGAUAGAGCUGGGUGGAGUAACACUGCAGAGAAAUGGACCUUCUUUCACUGGGACUGGAGACCUGGCUGCUUUCUCAGCCCUCAGUGCAUUGUAUGUAGCCUUGUAUGCUUUACAUCUUCUGUCUAGAUCAGAGUAG